CUUUACUGCUAUGUGUAGUAAAGAGUGAAUUUGUGCUCCAGUACUAAUAAAGAUUAGCGUUCUUAGUACUGAACUACAAAACCUCAAACUGAAUAUCUGUGAUGUUUUUUGGUGAUAUGGUUAUUGUGUAAUAAAGUUGUGAAGAACAGGACGUCUGGGCCGUGCUCUUCUAUAAAUAAGAGCCGGGUUUGGACAAAAGUGAAAGUAAAGCACGGGCAGCAGCUGCUGAAGUUUCUGAGAAGUGUGUUUCGCUGGUAAUCAGGAAAACCACGCUUUUAAAAGGGUCCCUGGAGGAUCACAAAAGAUCACCAUAGAGUCCCCUAUUGUGAGGACAGUUCAGAAGAAGAUUUUGAGAAGAUGGCUCAGCACUACCCUGGACGUAAGUAUUACACUAUGUACCAUGGCACGACAAUGGAAAUCGCGAGGAAAAUCAAACGUAAUGGUUUCGUCCCAUCUUCUGAUGGCAUGCUGGGACGUGGUGUGUAUUUGAGCCGAAGCUUUGAUAAAGCCGCUCGAUAUCCACUAAACGAUCGAUCGCAGCCGCGCGCAGUCCUCAAACUGAAAGUACGAGUGGGCAGAGUGAAGAGGAUCGACUGUCAGGAUCACUACAUGCAGAAGACCUGGCACGAUCACGGAUACGACACGGCCUGGGUGCCUCCGAACUGCGGGAUGGUGCCCAGUGGACUGGAGGAGGACUGUGUGUACGAUCCGUGGAGAAUCACAGUACUGGAAAUUAUCCCCAAUAAUACAUUCCUUUAUUUUCUAGAGGACAUUUCAGAAGAAGAUUGUGGGACGAUGGCAGAGCACUACCCUGGACAUAGGUAUUUUACUAUGUACCAUGGCACGACAAUGGAAAACGCUAAGAAAAUCGAGCUUGAAGGCUUUGAACCCUCCCCCAAGGGCAUGCUGGGACGUGGCGUCUAUUUGAGUAGGAGCUUCAAGAAAGCUGCUGCAUAUCCAAAAAACAAUCGAUCACAGCCACUCGCCAUCCUUAAACUCAGAGUACGAGUGGGCAGAGUGAAGAGGAUCGACUAUCAAGGCCACUACAUGCAGAAGACCUGGCACGAUCACGGAUACGACACGGCCUGGGUGCCUCCGAACGCGGGAAUGGUGCCCAGUGGACUGGAGGAGGACUGCGUGUACGAUCCGUGGAGAAUCACAGUACUGGAAAUUAUCCCCAAUAAUCAACCAUGAGAUGCGUCUACCAAUAAUAUGGAUUUUUCUGAAUGAAUAGGAUCAGGGGUGAUUCUAGAAUCUGAGAAAAUUUUAUAUAUUUAUUUGUAAAUCAAGGGAUCAGAGUCUGGAGGAAGAGUGGAGAGACACAGUCCAAACUGCUUGAGGUCUAGAGUGAAGUUUCUACAAUCAGUGAUGAUUUGGAGAGUCAUGUCUGUCAUCUGCUGGUGUUGAUCCACUGUGUUCUAUCAAGUCUAAAGUCAGUGCAGUGCACUUCAUGCUUCCCUCUGCUGACAACUUUUAUGGAGAUGUGGAUUUCAUUUUCCAGCAGGACUUGGCACACUGCCAAAAGUACCCAGUUGGUCUUAUAUAAUAUUCUUGAAAAUUGUCUUAAUUAUUAUAAUUAUACAAUUCUUAUAUAAUAUUCUUAAUAAUUUUCUCAGCCACUGAAACAAAGUAACUGAAAUAAAGUAACUUUUUUAAUUUAGUGAAAUAAAGUAACUUUUCAAUGAUAUUCUAACUUUCUGAGAUGUAUUAGUACUUUUUGUAACAUUCGUUUCAUUAACACAUCCUUUUAAAAAACAACAAACACCUAUUUUUUUUUUUUUUUUUUUUUACUCAUACUGUUUUUGAGGAAGCUUAAGUAUUUCUAGGAAAGGACUAGCUCCACCCAUGAGUAGGAUCUUCACUGUCUUCAUUGCCGGUCGGAAUGGUUUCAGUGAAAGUGAAAGUGAAGUUUAUGGCAAUAUUACCUUUACUGUGAUGUUAUGUUACUGUAAGUGUUUGACUCAUUUUAUGAUUAAAGGUUAUAAAUGGUCUUUACUGGUAUUGUCGCUUAGCAACUGGUAACCUCUGGUUUAAAGUUCCAAGUUCCAGGACAUUUUUCAAAGCUUCAGUCUUAGAUGCAAAAACAUUAGUGGGGGAUAAAUUGAAAGAGUAAAAAGUUUCCCCGUUUCAAAGUUAAGAGGGCAAGGCAACACUGACAAUUGCAGUGCCAAGCAUGACAAAAGCCAUAUUAAUUAUCAUACCCCUCAAAAAAAAAAAAAAAAAAAGGCGGGAAAAAAAACUGUACAAUUUUUCAGUAAAUUGUACAGUAAUUUUGUUUUCUGGAAAAAAAAAAAAAUUAAAAUGACAAAGAAUAUACUUUUUUAUUCAUGUUUUUUUACUAUUUCUCAUGUGAUUUUAGAAAAAAUUGUAAUACAUCAGUUACCUGUGUUUUAACAGAUUUUACUGCAGAUUUUAAGGAAAAUAACUGAAAUAAAAGUUUUCUUUGUAAAAAAAAACAACAAAAAAAAAAACAUAGGGACAUUGUCUGAAAUUUGACACAAAAAUACUGUUUUCAUGCGGAUAUUUCACUGUUAAAAUACUGUUAAUAACUGAAAAAAAAUCUGCAAGAAAUCUAUUUGUCACCCCUGCUGAUGGAAAGUUACUGUUUUUUCUCAUUUGUUUUCUAUUUUUGGAAAAGUCCAUUUUGUUACAUUUUGUUAAUGCUUUGAAGAGUAGCUUAUUUUAUUUAUUUUUUUUUAUUUAAGUAUUAAGUAUUGUCAUCUGAGACUAAGCUUUUGGAGGAGGGGUGUUGGUAUGAGUUAUCUCAUUUCCCUGAUUUAGAACCAUCCCCCUUGUUUUCCUGAAUUUAAAAUGCAGUGUCUGGAAAGUUCUCCUGAACUGCACACGCUCACUAAAGAACUUUUGAGUGUAGGAAGGAUUGAGUGUAGUUUACUCAAGUGUAUUUAUUUGCAAAAAUCUUUUCAUGCAAAGUUAGAACUUUAUUAAGAAUAUCAGAAUAUUAUCAUUAGAGUAUUAUGAAAUGAGGAGAAUUCGCUAAUGUUAUUUGAGAAAGUAGUGAUGUUACCCUUUACAGUGCAGAACAUCAUCCCCUCCCUUCGGAAACUGGUCCAAAUGGCAGUUUCUCAACACGUUAAUGACCCAAAACACACUUCUAAGAUGACUACUGCUUUGCUGUGUGAUGGGCAGUGCUACACCACUGGCCAGCAGCAGGGGAGCUGGGCAACAGAGGGGAAAAAGAAAUGGAGUUGGGUCCCGAAACUCCAAGUCCCAGAAUCCCCAGCAGUGAUCAGUGGCAACCAGCCACACCUGUACAGCACUCUAUAUAAAGCCCAGUCAAAGCACUCGUUCUCGUCGCACCUUUAAAGAGGGGCGACUGGUCACAGAGGGUGAAAGAAUAGGAAAGAAAAGGAAAGGAAAGCAAAGCAAAGCAAAGCAGCACAAAAAAGAUAUAAAAGAUCUCAAAAGAAAGUAAAAGAUUUUGAGUUUGAUUGUGUUUUGGUUUGAGUUAUUUGAAGCUAAAAGCUGUGUUUCAGUUGUAUAUGCCAUUUUGUGGCAUUUCCUUUGUUCUGUUUCCCGCCUUUUUCCGCGCACCUCUUCAGGGUUUUGUUUUCCACCUAUUUUCCAGUCUACUGCUGUAGACUGACUACACCAUGUUAUACAGUGGCUUGAAAAAGUGUUUUUGAAUUUUGUCAUACUUACUUUUUGCAGAUUAUCAAACAGUUUAAUAUCAGACAAAUAUAACCUGAGAAAAUAUACAAAGCACUUUUUAUAUUAUAAUUUCAUUUAUUAAGGGGAAAAACUAUCUAAACCAAUCUAGCCUUUGUGAAAAAAGUGUUUGCCCCCUAUAAAUGAACUGUGAUUGAUCACACUUGUUGGAAAGCUGAGUUCAAUUUCACUACUAACCACAACCAGACAUGAUUACUGCCAGACCUGUAGAAUCAAGAAAUCACUUAAAUAGAACCUGUUCUUAAAAGCGACACAUUAUGCUAAAGUCUGAAGAAAUUAACUAAAACAGAUAGGAAAACAAAGUCACUGAUCAUCUAUCAGUCUGGAAAAGGUUACAAAGUCAUUUAUAAGGCAUUGGGACUCCAGCGAACCACAGUGAGAGCUAUUAUUCA